AUGCCUGUGACGCGUGCGUCUGAAGGCGGGAUGCAACAUGUGUCUGGCCUUAGCUCCACGUGGCCCCUUCUCUGCCUGAACGCCCCUAACGAACUUCACGAUGAUACCCUCGACGACUUUGCUAUUCCUAGUGCUUUCCUAUAUUCGGUUGGCGUAUACCCGACCCCUUCUGCCUCGACAGGACGACCCAGCUCCUGUACAACUAUUAUCUUCGUCCCAGAUUGCCCUAGUCGAAGCUCGCAUGCUGGAGCAGUCCAAGGGAGCUGGGAGCUCGGAACUGCAACUCAAAGCUUGUUCGAGUACGAAUACCCCUCGUUUUCGGUAUACGGAAAUAACUUUGUAUCUCCACCCAAAUCACUUCCCAAAAACGCGGACAUAAGCAAGAUCCUCAAUAUCACCGAUCAAAUCGUCCUCGCGCGUCCUCCUGGCGUAUUGAGCUUCAUGCCAGACCAGGCAGCCGGCGAUCCGCCAAGCCUUGGCGUAUCCAUGCUCUUUGCCAACUGGACCGUCCGCUCGCCCACAUCUACCGGAUCGAGCAACUAUGCGAGUGCGAUCAUCGAUCAAUUAAACUACAGUUUAACCCGUGCGCCUCGUGCCCCCAACGGUGCCAUCUCUCACCGCGUGGAUCAGAUUCAAUUAUGGUCCGAUUCGGUGUAUAUGCUUCCUCCUUUCUUGGCCUAUUUUGGCGCUCUGCACCGCGACGAGGGUGUUAUGCGCGCCGCGUACGAUCAAGUUCGACUUUAUCGUGAUUUGCUCUUUGACGGGAGCGUCGGGCUAUGGCGCCACAUUGUUCUUGGGAACGGCGAAGACCUGAGCCAUUGGUCGACAGGGAACGGCUGGGCCGCCGCGGGGAUUAUGCGUGUCUUGAUCACCAUCAAAGAGUCGUCCCUCGCCGACAAGUUUGCCGCCGAGCAGGGUAACCUUGAAGGGUGGGCCUUGGAAAUUGUUAACAACAUAUGGAACUACCAGCAAGCCAACGGGACUCUUUUGAACUAUGCAACAGACGGAAACUCGUUUGCCGAUUCGGCAAGCACGGCUCUGCUAGCUGCAGCAACAUACCGCCUCGCAACAUACCUCGACUCGACCGGAUCCAACGCGGACAUAUCCAAGGCGCUCUCCGCUGCCUCGCGUGCGCGCACGCUCGUCUCUCGUUCGCUCGAUGCGGACGGAUGGCUGUUGAACGUCGUCGAUCCUUGGAAUUUCCCCCUUCGUGGAACUCGGAGUGCUGAAGGCCAGGCGUUUGUGCUUAGUCUUGAAGCUGCGUACCGGGAUUAUAGGAAUCGGGCCUAG